AGCGAGCCCAACAUGCUCGUUUAGCCCGGCCCAGUUAUCAAGAAGAGGGGCACCAGAUGCGCCCAAUCCCAAGACAACCAUUUUUCCCAAGGAAAAAAAAAGGAAAGGAAAAAAAAAACAAUCGUCUUCAAGCUUCGGGUUCCCGCUCAGCGCGGCAGCGGAACCAAGCCGAGGGAGCUCGACUCAUCGACGAUCACGGUGUCCAGUACUUUGGAAGAAUCAGCCUAUCCUGCCCGCACCCGCCAUCUAGUUUCUGGAGGAUACUAUUCCGCCGAGGAUAAUUUGCUGACCUUGUUGCUGUUGGAGGAAGUAUCUUAGUGUUGAUAAUGGGCAGGCGCAAAAAGAAAACACCAGCUCUCACACCGAGGAACACAGUAACUCUAUAUCUUGAUGGAACAGAACAUGAAUUUGUUGAGAACUUCAUACAUUGCCAGGGGCACUACAGAUUCUGGCUCCUGUGGAAUUCUGCUUUCAGGGUAACAUAUAGCCGAAUGAUGCUAUAUACAACACCAGUCCACGGGACAUUCUAUUAUGUCCUUAGGUAUGAAGCAGAAUACGUUGUACUAGUGAUUGAUGCUAGAACUGGCUGGCUUGUUGGGUUCUUCAACAACAGAGGCAUUUAUGAGAUGCGGUCUGAUGAUAAUCUUGGGAGUUAUAUGAAUUCGUCACAAUGUCAUAAGCUUCCGUUCAAUGGAAAUCAUAAGGAAAUAUCCCCACAUGGGACAGAAAAUACAUGGCUGAAUCUGCAACUGUUCAAAAAAUGUUUUCGUUAUCUUUCCUCUUAUCAGCCUAGCAACAGAAGAGUCCCAAUUGGGUUCAAGAUUUCAUUGGGCAUGAUGGUCGUAAUGUUUUUGGAAUCAAAAUUCAAAAUGGUGCAUAAAAAGGAUAUGCCAUGCCAUGGAGCAUGGUACGGGGUCACGGUUAGGUGAUGGUUUUGAAUGGGUCAAGAGGCUAAUCGUCAAUUGGAGUUCAAUCAGCCAACAGGUUAUGAGGUCUCUUAGCAAUCAAAGAUACAAUCCCCACGAUUGUGGCAUAAGAGAAUUGCUUACUUUUGAUGAUCUUCUGAAAAGCACAUUUUAUCUUCAUGUCGAUGCUUAUUUGGAGGGAAUUUUCAAACAUACUGCAUUACCACCCCCACCACGAGACCUGAGCUGGUGUCCUGUAUGUAGAUCUUGGCGGUGAUGGGGAGGAGGAUAUUCCACUGCCUCGAGAGCCACAGCCCACGCCACGCAGUGCAGUGCACAGGAGAGGUCAGCAACAGUUGACAAAAAAGAAGGGUCUAUCUGGAGGCAAACUUGGAGGUCCUCCAGUUGCUCCAGAAAUUUUCUUAAGAUGGAGUUUGAGUGAUGACCAGGAGAAAUACUAUGAUGAGCUGGUUUCAUACCUCGAGGAGGAGCUUGGGUUGAAAAUGCAUAAAGCAAGACGUUUUGAUCUUGAUUGUACCAAUCAUCUUGUGAAGCAUCAUCCUAUGCUGCCUGACCGAAAUUUAUCAGCACAAGCUCAGAUAGACAGUGAUACAAUAAAUGAAUCACCACAAGCUCUUCCCACAAACAUUAGUUCUCAGAUUGUCAGCUGUUCAGUAGAUGAAGCACCGCAGGCUCUCCCCACUAGCAGUUCUCCGAUAAGCAACAACACAGAAGGUCUAUCACUCCAGGCUCUCCCAACAAGCAGUGAAUCAGCGGCAGGAGUGACGAUAGAUGAUCUACACUCUUUUUGCUCUCAGGAGUUUAUCACUGACCCAGUGAACAGGUUAUCAGAUAGAAUUGACAGCGAAUAUGUCUUGCUUGUGAAUCCUGCAAUGCCACAUCUGCUAGGAAACUCCUCAGAUGCUACUGAUCUUGAUUGUACCAAUCAACUUGUGGAGAAUCAUCCUAAGCUGCCUGACCAAAAUUUAUCAGCACAAGCUCAGAUAGACGGUGAUACAAUUAAUGAAGCACCACAAGCUCUUCCCACAAGUGUUGGUUCUCAGAUUGGCGGCUGUUCAGUAGAUGAAACACUGCAGGCUCUCCCCGCUAGCAGUUCUCUGAUAAGCAGCAACACAGAAAAUCUAUCACCCCAGGCUCUCCCAACAAGCAGUGAAUCAGCGGCAGGAGUGACGAUAGAUGACCUACGCUCUCUUUGCUCUCAGGAGUUUUUCACUGACCCAGUUGUGGUCCAUGCUUUCAACAGGUUAUCAGAUAGAAUUGACAGCGAAGAUGUGUUGCUUGUGAAUCCUGCAAUGUCACAUCUACUAGGAAACUCAGAUGCUACUGUUGUGUCAACCCAGCUACAGAGUCUAGGACUCCCCUCUCGAAAACUAGUCCUUUUUUCCAGUGAACAGUCAGGAUCCCCAUCUGUUGGGUGAAGGUACACACUGGAGCCUCCUAGUGUUUGACCGCAACCUUGGAGGCAGACCAUGCUUAGCCCACCAUGACAGCAGUCCUGGUGAUGCUAAUUUGAGAGCUGCACGCCGUCUUGCGGCAUCACUGCUUCCUUACCUACCUCCUGAGACGAAAUGCACUAAAGCUCCGACACCUAAGCAAAACAAUGGAACCGAAUGUGCCCUUUACAUGAUUAAAUGUGCUGAGGUGAUCUGUGGUUGGUGGCGAAACCACGCUGCUGGAGGAUCAGAGUCGCAUUGGCUUGGAGUUGUGGCCCGAGGUGUUACCAUGGACAGCGUGGACAACUUGAGGGCACAGCUAAUCCAUGAUAUUGGACAGCUCCUCAACGGCUCAUCAUCAUCAUAGAGUCAUACUCUUACUUGUGUAUGCUUGUGCUAUUGUUGUGAUUACACUUUGCCGCCUUCCAACCGGAAGGUUCUCAUAUUCACCCUUUGCCGCCUUUGAACCGCCGACCAAGUGUUCCUUUCUCACAAUUCAAUGAUCCGAAAGGUGAUCACUCAUGAAAAAAUUGGUUCAAGUCUGGUCAGGCCACUGCAACUUAAUGGGAAAAUGCCGCAAAACUGCAAGUUUUCAGGUAGGUGCUUGUAACUCAAUCUCAGAGUUGUCAUGAGGCCACUGUAACCUUUUGUAAUCAGGUCAACGUCGUUGUUUUCUAUAUCGAAAGUUCUUGUUUCCAGUAUUCUGGUCCAAUACUUACCACCUAAGCAAGAAUUCAGCAUUGCACCAAUUGUCUUCGCGGCAAGCGGUAUUCCAUUAAGCUUCUCUGAUAUCUUCAUACCAAUUGAGAGCAACCUUCCAUGCUCAUCGAUGCCUGUAACAUCUGCAAAUGCAUGCUGGUUGAAUAGUAAUAAGUAGUCAUCUUUUUAUAAGCCCUCCAAAAUGAUUCUUAUGUGCUGCCCAACAACUUUUCCAAUCAUAUCAGCAACUGAACCCAACCGGGUAGUUAUCAGCAUCUUGCUCCCAUGGCCUGCACAUCUUAGCGGAGCAAUGGCUUUACUCCAACUUUCCUGAUCAGCUUCAUUCCAAACAUCAUCCAGCACCAACAGAAAUCUCUUUAUACAUCAAUGUCCAUCAGUCUCUUGUGAGCUUUAUCAAGGGUGUUGACGUCAUAAUUCACACCUGUCACUGACUUUACCAUCUUUUUUGGCAAUGCUUAUCGUCUCAAGUCUACUAGAGGCAUGGAUCCAUAUCUUGAAUUCUUGAUGAAACUUCCCUUCCAGUUCUUUCUUAUUGAAUACAUGUUGUGCAAGUGCAUCCUUCAGGAUCCACCUGAGGAUAUCCUCCAACUCCUUCACUGGCAAAAAAAAAAGCUCUUGCAGGCUCUGCAUUACAGGAUCAGCUUUCACCACUCUCCCAAAAAAAAACUGAACACUUUCCUCAUGGCACUGGAAACCUUCUCUCAAUUAGUCACCUCAUCAGGGAUUACAUCGGUACUCGAUCUCAUCAAACACGCUGUCUUGUCAGCAGCUUCGACAGCAUAACGAAGCUGUCAAAGCCAAGAUUGCAGGCCAGGGAUGAGCUCAACCUUGCCAUCCUCAGCAGCAGACAACCAGGCUCUCAAUCUGUGAACUGGACUCAUCCAGUUUCUCGAGCUUACUUUUCAUGUCUUUGGACCAGGAUAUCUGGUCCUUGCCAUAAUCGGAUGUGGCGUCGAUGAUCAGGUGCGAAGAUGGUUUCCUAGAAAGCAAUAAUGGUGACUGGCCUUUGAUUAAUGCCAAUGGCUCUUCUAAACAUA